AUGACUGAAGCAAGCGGCCCUCUGGGGAUCGGGUUAUGGAGCCUCUGCCCCAGGGGAGCUUGGUGCAAAUUCGGUUUCGGCCCUGAUAUUGAGACCACCCAGCGCCACCUUCAGAAGGUUGCUACAUGCAGGGUUACUAAACCGGGGCUGAAGUUCUUCCUCUCCACCACCGCUGAGUGCUGGCUGGCCAUAUAUAACAGGAGCCCUGGAAGGCAGCCAGGCCCGAGACGGGUAGCCUCAGCAGUCCUUCUAGGAGGAAGCCAAGAGCACGAAGAUUGGAUCGAGAGCACCACUUCAAAGGUCCCAGUGAUGGUGUCUCCCGGGGGUCCCUCCGGCCACACCCUUUGCCUCCUGCUCCUGGCAACGGCAGCCUGUCUGUGGCUGCCCUGCCAAGGCACGGCCUACAAAAGCUUUCUGAAGAGGCACCUGGACAACCCCAAAACGAACUUCGGCAGCAACCACGAGUACUGUGACCAGAUGAUGCGCCGCAGAGGCAUGAAGUGCCAGCAGAAGAACACCUUCAUCCACGCCACCGAAGAGCAGCUGAAGUCCAUCUGCAACUCCAGAGGGCAGGUCAUGGACGGCAACACCCUCAGCAAAGCCCUCUUCCCCAUCACCACCUGCAAGCUCAGGAGGUUCCUGCGCAAGGUGCUCUGCAGGUACAAGGGGAAGAGCAAAAUCAGGAGGAUCCGGGUCACCUGCGAGAAAGGGCUCCCGGUCCACUUCAUCUCCUCCGCGUAGCCCCAUGGGAAAGGCGGCAGCUCCCCUCGGGCCGGUCCGAGCACCCUGCUUCCCCGGCUUGCUGCUCCGUGCCCCUGCCUCUCUUGCCCCCAGAGCUGGUUGUAAUGCUGUGCGGAGUAUUAGCUGCUCCCUUCGAAUACAAGGCACCACUUAAGCCGCUCGUGAUGUCUCCUGGCCUCCUUGGUAUGAGGACGUAGCACAGUCGUGGUGCCAGGCCACCGCUAAAGCCACUGUUGCUUCUGCACACUCCAGAAGGGGUCCCUCUCCUUCCUGCUUCCCCGCUGCUCCCCUGUAUACAAUAAA